AAACCGGUGGGAAGAAGAAAGAAAAGCCUGGAAGUUGCUGCUGAUUUUCUUUUUGCUUUAUAUAUUUUUUUAAUUCAUCGUUUUUCUCUGGAUUCGUCAAGUCAGAGAAGAUGAAUAAAAAAGAAGUAAAGAAAUCACCGCGAGACGAAGGACAGAUGCCAGUUUUUCUCCAUUUCAGUAGUCAUUUUCGUUCCACUGAAACCCUCCAACAGCAACACCGUCUUUUCUUCAAACACCUUUCGUCCUUAUUUAACACUCUGGAUUCUCUAUUUUCCCCAUUUGGAUUAUUGCUUUAUGUUAUCAUCAUCAUUGAUCGAGUUUUCAAGCUUUUUCCAUGGCCACCACUACCAAGAAGUUUGCUCGUAGCCCCAGCGUUAGAGAACGUGUGGAAGAUACACUCUCCGCUCACCGGAACGAACUUGUUUCUCUCCUCUCCAGGUAUGUUGAUCAGGGAAAAGGGAUUUUACAGCCCCAUCAUUUGAUCGAUGAACUUGAGAAUAUAAUCGGAGGUGAUGAGUGCAAACUGCACCUUUCCACUGGACCCUUUGGCGAGAUCCUCAAAUCUGCUCAGGAAGCUAUUGUUUUGCCACCAUUUGUUGCCAUUGCUGUUCGCCCCAGGCCUGGUGUUUGGGAGUAUGUCCGUGUCAAUAUCUAUGAACUCAGCGUCGAGCAAUUAAGUGUAUCCGAGUAUCUUCAUUUUAAAGAAGAGCUUGUGGAAGGACAGUUUAAUGAAAAUUUCGUACUUGAGCUUGACUUUGAGCCGUUCAAUGCAAACUUUCCUCGCCCUAUCCGAUCCUCAUCCAUUGGGAAUGGCGUUCAAUUUCUUAACCGUCACCUGUCAUCGAUUAUGUUCCGCAACAGGGAGUCAUUGGAGCCAUUACUUGACUUCCUUCUAGCCCACAGAUACAAAAGGAGCGGAAUAAUGCUGAAUGAUCGAAUACAAAGCCUUACCAAGCUACAGUCAGCAUUAUCAAAGGCUGAGGAGUACGUUGCUAAGUUGCUGCCCAGUACACCCUAUUCUGACUUUGAAUAUGUAUUACAAGGAAUGGGCUUUGAUAGGGGUUGGGGUGAUACAGCAGAACGAGUGCUGGAGACAAUGCAUCUUCUGUUGGAUAUCCUUCAAGCUCCUGAUCCUUCUGUCUUAGAAAAAUUUCUAGGGAGGAUUCCAAUGGUGUUUAAUGUUGUCAUUUUAUCUCCACAUGGUUACUUUGGUCAGGCCAAUGUUUUAGGUCUGCCAGACACUGGCGGCCAGGUAGUUUAUAUUUUGGACCAGGUCCGUGCUUUGGAGAAGGAAAUGAUUUCUAGAAUUAAGAAGCAAGGGUUAGAUGUAACUCCUAGAAUUUUAAUUGUUACCAGGUUAAUACCUGAUGCAAAGGGAACUACAUGUAAUCAGCAUCUGGAAAAAGUUGUCGGAACUGAGCAUUCACACAUUUUGCGUGUUCCUUUUAGGUCAAAAAAUGGAAUUCUACGUAAAUGGAUUUCAAGGUUUGAUGUAUGGCCUUAUCUAGAGACCUUUGCUGAGGAUGCAGCUAGUGAAAUUAUAGCUGAGCUGCAGGGUAUUCCAGAUUUUAUUAUCGGAAACUACAGUGAUGGAAAUCUUGUUGCUUCCUUAUUGGCAUAUAAAAUGGGAGUUACUCAGUGUACCAUAGCUCAUGCAUUGGAGAAGACAAAAUAUCCAGAGUCAGACAUAUACUGGAAAAAUUUUGAGGAGAAAUAUCACUUCUCAUGUCAAUUCACUGCUGAUUUAAUAGCCAUGAAUAAUGCAGAUUUUAUCAUCACCAGUACAUACCAGGAGAUUGCUGGAACGAAGAAUACGGUUGGUCAAUAUGAGAGCCACACUGCAUUUACACUUCCUGGGCUCUAUCGAGUUGUCCAUGGAAUUGAUGUCUUUGACCCAAAGUUCAAUAUAGUCUCUCCUGGAGCAGACAUGACCAUUUAUUUUCCCUACACUGAAAAGCAGUUGAGGCUUACAGCUUUACAUGACUCACUGGAGAAGUUAUUAUAUGACACACAACAAAAUGGUGAACACGUCGGUGCAAUAGAUGAUAGGUCAAAACCUUUGAUCUUCACCAUGGCGAGGUUAGACAAAGUGAAAAAUAUUACUGGAUUGGUUGAGCUGUAUGGCAAGAAUGCCAGACUGAGGGAGCUAGCAAACCUUGUUGUUGUUGGUGGUUAUGUUGACGUGAAGAAUUCCAAAGACAGGGAAGAAAUGAAAGAAAUUGAGAAAAUGCAUGACCUUAUGAAAAAGUACAAUUUACAUGGUCAAUUGCGUUGGAUAUCGGCCCAAACAAAUCGAGCUCGUAAUGGCGAGUUAUAUCGCUAUAUUGCUGAUACAAGGGGUGUUUUUGUACAGCCAGCAAUUUAUGAAGCAUUUGGGCUUACUGUUGUGGAGGCCAUGACUUGCGGGCUACCAACAUUUGCUACUUGCCAUGGUGGUCCUGCUGAAAUCAUUGAACAUGGCAUAUCUGGAUUUCACAUUGACCCUUAUCAUCCAGAUCAAGCUAGUACUCUUUUAGUAGAUUUCUUUGAGAAGUGCAAGGAGGAUCCGAGUCAUUGGAUUCGAAUCUCUGAAGCAGGGCUUCGAAGAAUUUACGAGAGGUACACAUGGAAAAUUUAUUCUGAACGAUUGAUGACCCUGGCUGGAGUUUAUAGUUUUUGGAAGUAUGUUUCAAAACUUGAAAGGCGCGAGACGCGUCGAUAUCUAGAGAUGUUCUACAUUCUCAAGUUUCGUGAUCUGGCAAAAUCCGUUCCUUUGGCAACUGAUGAUCAUUGAGCUUAUGGUGGUAAUGUCAAGGAUCCGCUUUACAAAUGUGUCAUGUUUUUGAGUCUUGUGUAAAAAUAAAGUGAAGUUUGUGUAUAUAUGUUUACGUGGAAGAAGUCAUCUUGGACUAUAUGUGACAGCUAAUUGGGUUCUUAGAUCUUUUUUGUUUGUUAUGAUCUUGAUUCUUGACUGAGUGCUUCCCUACUAGGAGGAGAGAAGGGUGAGCCAGUUUUGUUCAGAACAUGGUCAAAUUAUUGGCUGAAUGACUUGCACACUUCAUCGACGAGAAUACUAUUAAGUAUUUUUACA